AUGGUCCUAUAUGCUACGUUGGUAGCAGCUGAAGCUAAGUCUUGUCCGUUGGUGGUAGUCGUAAGCUCCGUGCUCAUGAACAUGAUGUCGGAGCGCCUCUGGGUUGUCACCAGUGUAAUCCCCCGCCCGGCGCCAACACGAACAGGCCGCACUUCUAACGGUCUCCACUCGCGAUGCGACACGUGGGGGCCAUUGCCAGCGUCGGCGGUUUGGCAGGGGGCGCAUGGUGCGGCAAUUGAAGCCGCCCGCGCGACAGAAACAAGGGGAGAGUGCGCGCGGCUGUUCGCCUUCGAGGCCUUUUGA